UACUUCAUGCAACUUAAACAGCAUCGCAUAGAUUUGCACCAGUGACUAGCUGCUAUCGAAGCUCCUUGCUGGUCAAAACGAACCCAAUUGGGCAAUGGUUUUCGAAUCAAGAAUUUGCCGCCUUUAUAGAAGUCCUCUUCAUCACCUACAAUUCACACUUCCUUCUCCGAUUUUCAAGUUUCAAAAUAGCCGCUUUUCGACCUCUAUAUCCAACUAUAUUUCCUACACAAACCUCCUUUCACACCUUUCCAAAACUAAGUCUUUAACCCCAGGUUUUCAAAUCCAUGCCCAUUUAACCAAACUUGGAUUAUCUAAUCAUAGUAAAUAUAGGAACCAUUUAGUUAAUUUGUAUUCAAAAUGUGGUAUUUUUCAAUAUGCACAGAAACUGAUUGAUGAAAGUCCUGAACCAGAUUUGGUUUCUUGGUCAUCUUUGAUUUCUGGGUAUUCCCAGAAUGGUUUUGGUAAAGAUGCUAUAUGGGGCUUUUUAAAAAUGCAUUCUUUGGGUCUUAGAUGUAAUGAGUUUACUUUUCCUAGUGUGCUUAAGGCAUGUUCUAUUGAGAAGGAGCUUUUUCUUGGUAAGCAGCUUCAUGGGGUUGUUGUGGUUACAGGAUUCGAUUCUGAUGUUUUCGUUGCGAAUACUUUGGUUGUUAUGUACGCGAAAUGUGGCGAGUUUGUGGAUUCUAGGAUGUUGUUUGAGGAAAUCCCGGAAAGAAAUGUUGUUUCUUGGAAUGCGUUGUUUUCUUGUUACACGCAAAAUGAUUUUUUUAGUGAGGCGAUGUGUAUGUUUCGUGACAUGAUUGGUAGUGGAGUCAGGCCGGAUGAAUAUAGUUUAUCUAAUAUAUUGAAUGCUUGUACUGGGUUAGUAGAUAUUGUUGAAGGAAAGAAAAUACAUGGGUAUUUGGUGAAGCUUGGCUAUGGUUCAGAUCCGUUCUCAUCUAAUGCACUCGUCGACAUGUAUGCAAAAGGGGGAGAUCUUAAGGAUGCCAUUACAGCUUUUGAGGGAAUUGUGGUACCUGACAUUGUUUCAUGGAAUGCUAUUAUUGCUGGUUGUGUUCUUCAUGAAUGCCAAUGGCAAGCUAUAGAUAUGUUGAAUCAGAUGAGAAGGUCAGGAAUUUGGCCAAACAUGUUCACAUUAUCGAGUGCUCUCAAGGCUUGUGCUGCACUAGAGCUCCCUGAGUUGGGUAAAGGGUUGCACUCUCUUUUGAUAAAGAAAGAUGUAAUUUUGGAUCCAUUUGUGAGUGUUGGUCUUAUUGAUAUGUAUUGCAAGUGUAAUUUAACCAAGGAUGCGAGGUUGAUCUAUGAUCUGAUGCCCGGGAAGGACUUAAUUGCAUUGAAUGCUAUGAUCUCUGGUUAUUCGCAGAAUGACGCAGACGAUGCAUGCCUAGACCUUUUUACUCAGACAUUCACCCAAGGAAUUGGAUUUGAUCAGACAACCUUACUUGCCAUUCUCAACUCUGCUGCGGGCUUGCAGGCUGCCAGCAUCUGCAAACAAGUGCAUGCACUCUCUGUGAAGUCGGGAUUUCUGUGUGACACCUUUGUUAUAAACAGUCUUGUUGAUUCUUAUGGAAAAUGUACCCAGUUGGAUGAUGCAGCUAGAAUUUUUUACGAGUGCCCUACUCUGGAUUUGCCAUCUUUUACCUCUCUCAUAACAGCUUAUGCUCUACUUGGUCAAGGUGAAGAAGCUAUGAAACUGUAUCUGAAGUUACAAGAUAUGGAUCUCAAGCCAGACUCAUUUGUUUGCAGUUCUCUCCUAAAUGCAUGUGCAAAUUUAUCAGCGUACGAACAAGGGAAACAAAUACAUGCUCAUGUGUUGAAGUUUGGGUUCAUGUCAGAUGUGUUUGCUGGUAACUCUCUAGUUAACAUGUAUGCCAAGUGUGGAAGUAUAGAAGAUGCUAGCUGUGCUUUCCAUGAGGUUCCUAAGAAAGGUAUCGUUUCAUGGUCGGCAAUGAUUGGAGGACUUGCCCAACAUGGACAUGCGAAACAGGCACUUCAUUUAUUUGGUGAGAUGUUAAAAGAUGAUGUAUCUCCAAAUCACAUAACAUUAGUUAGUGUCCUUUAUGCCUGUAAUCAUGCUGGCUUAGUUGCAGAAGCCAAGAAGUAUUUUGAAACAAUGAAAGACUCGUUUAGGAUCGAACCAACUCAAGAGCAUUAUGCAUGCAUGAUUGAUGUCCUGGGCCGAGCAGGAAAACUAGAUGAUGCUAUUGAGCUCGUAAAUAAGAUGCCUUUUGAAGCUAAUGCAUCUGUCUGGGGUGCACUUCUUGGUGCUGCAAGAAUCCAUAAGAAUGUAGAGGUAGGAAAACAUGCUGCUGAGAUGCUUUUUAGCCUUGAACCAGAGAAAUCUGGCACUCAUGUUCUCCUUGCAAAUAUUUAUGCAUCAGUUGGGUUGUGGGGAGAUGUCGCAAAAGUAAGAAGAUUUAUGAAGAACAGUAGAGUAAAAAAGGAACCUGGUAUGAGUUGGAUUGAAGUGAAAGAUAGUAUUUACACAUUUAUAGUAGGAGACAGAAGCCAUCCACGAAGUGAUGAUAUAUAUGCCAAACUGGAGGAACUGGGACAGCUAAUGGCUAAAGCUGGUUAUGUUCCUAUGGUAGAUAUUGAUCUCCAUGAUGUAGAGAGGAGACAAAAGGAGAUUCUUCUCUCCUAUCAUAGUGAGAAACUAGCUGUUGCAUUUGGGCUGAUUGCUACACCUCCUGGUGCUCCUAUUAGAGUGAAGAAGAAUCUUCGGAUUUGUUUGGACUGCCAUACAGCAUUCAAGUUCAUUUGUAAAAUUGUCUCAAGGGAGAUCAUUAUUAGAGAUAUUAACCGGUUCCACCAUUUCAAAGAUGGCUCUUGCUCAUGUGGGGAUUACUGGUGAUACUUGAAUGUGUGCUA